GACAGGACAGGCGUGACAGUGACAAGAUAAAAGUAUGACAUAUGUCGUGAUAUGUGGAUAAAUUGACCUUUAAUUUUAAAUUUUGUCAAAUGGCCAUUUAAAAAAUGUUUUUAAACUAGAACGUUAGAACUAUAAAAAAUGCACAGUCAGCCUAAACCUAAAAAUCCAUGGAAUAAAAAUAAUCAAAAACAACCGAAGAAGAAAAAUGAUAAAAUAUCUCCAACCCCCUCUGAAAUUAAAUUCAAAGAAGCACAUGCAAAACUGCAAGCUGCUGUUCAGAAACACGUAAAAGAGUAUGAAUCUUCAUCUGAUGAGGAAGAAUUGGAAUCAAGCUCUUUAAUAGAUUCAAUUUUAAAUAACUACAGGAAAAAUAAUGGAGAAGAUGAAAGCAUUGAAAAAACUCAAAAUUUACUAAAGGAUACUUUCCUUUCUGGUGCAGCCACUUGCUUAAUUUGUAUAUCUAGGAUUAGAAAAGAGGACCAGAUAUGGUCCUGCAUCAAUUGUUAUGGGCAUUUCCAUCUAAUGUGCAUCCAAAGAUGGUCCAAAGACACUAUAACUCAACAAAAACAUGCACUCCAAGAACAGAUAGUAGUGAAACUAGCAACAUUCCUUUGGUGCUGCCCAAAAUGUCGAAACGAAUAUGACACGGCUGAUGUUCCUAAAAAAUACCUGUGUUACUGUACCAAAACUGAAAAUCCAAAGUAUGAUCCAUACCUUGUACCACAUUCCUGUGGACAAAUCUGUAGAAAGAAUUUGAAGCCUAUUUGUGGGCACACUUGCUUGCUACUUUGUCACCCAGGACCAUGUCCACCUUGUCCUGUAACUGUUAGUGUGACAUGUUAUUGUGGUAGACAAUCUCCUAGAGUUCAGAGAUGUAGUAAAAAAGAAUGGUCUUGUAAUAAUGUUUGUGGUAAACAAUUAGAAUGUAAUAAACACACAUGUCCAAAUCCUUGUCAUCCAGGAGAUUGCAAGCCUUGUCCAAAGAAGAGUAUCCAGAAAUGUAUUUGCAAAGCUCAACAAAAACUUAGAGAUUGUUCCAGUCCUGUAUGGCAAUGUGACAAGGUUUGUAAUAAGCAGUUAGACUGUGGACACCAUAAAUGUGAAGAGGUGUGUCAUGAAGGAGUUUGUGAUAGUUGUCAUUUAUCUAAACCAAGGACUUGUCCUUGUGGAAAAACUCUUUAUCGGCUUCCAUGCACUCAAGAGACACCAACUUGUGCAGAUACAUGUGAAAAGCUGCUAGAUUGUGGUAUCCAUCAAUGUAAUCUCAGAUGUCAUAAAGAGAAAUGUGGAGCAUGUCUUGAAACUGUUGAAAAAUCUUGCAGGUGUGGACAGCACACUAAAGAAGUUCAGUGUUACAAACUAUAUUUUUGUGAUUCCAAAUGCAAAAGAUUGAAGGAUUGCAACAAACAUCCUUGCAAUAGAAAGUGUUGCGAUGGUAAUUGCCCACCUUGUGAAAAACCCUGCGGAAGGACCCUCAACUGCGGAAAUCAUAAAUGUACCUCCAUUUGUCACAGAGGACCUUGUUAUCCUUGCAAUGAAACGGAUGAUGUUUCCUGUAGAUGCGGAGCGACAAAAAUUGCAGUGCCUUGUGGACGCAAAACUAAAACGAAACCUCCAAAGUGCAACGUCUUAUGUUUGACACCACCAGAUUGUCAUCAUGAGAAAAGAAUACCACAUAGAUGCCAUUUUGGUGAAUGCCCUCCUUGCAAACAAAUUUGUAAUAAAGUGCACAGUAAAUGUUUCCAUGUGUGCCCGGCUAUGUGUCAUACGGCCGUAUUGAUAAAGGUUGAGGGCCAAAAAGCUUCAAUGCCAUGGGAACAAGUCAAACCUCAAGUUGUGAGACAGGAAUUGCCUUGUCCAGAUUGUACUGUUAAAGUUCCCGUUACGUGUUUGGGUGAACAUGAAACGUGCGAAUGGCCCUGUUACAUAGCGAAACCGUCGAGUUGUCACAGACCCUGUGGAAGAAUGUUAGAAUGUGGAAAUCACACGUGUACUUUGCCCUGUCACGCUGUUGAGAAUGCCCUUGACAACAUUAAGUCUGGAUCUAAUUGCGAAAAAUGUGAAAGUAGUUGUACCAAAGAUCCACCUGAAGGAUGUACUCACCCAUGUCCGAAGGCCUGUCAUCCAGGGCCUUGUCCUUCAUGCAAAGUAAUGAUUAGAAUAAAAUGCUACUGUGGUCUUAACCAACUUUAUGUUGCUUGUGUCGAUUGGCUUAAUGAAGAAAGAAAGGCCGAGUUGCAGACCUGCGGUAAUCAAUGUCCAAAGAAUUAUGUAUGCGGCCACAGGUGUAAAUCGAACUGUCAUCCUGGACCGUGUCCAAACGCCGAGCAGUGCAAGAAAAAAGUCAAAGUGCCGUGCAAAUGCAAAAGAAUCAGGAAAGAAUAUUCUUGCGAGACCGUCCGCAAGAACAUGGCAAUCGUAGAAUGCGACGAAAUAUGCGAAGUUAAAAAAGAAGAAACGAGGAAAAUUAGGGAAGCGGCCGAAGAACAGAAGAGGAAAGAGGAGGAAAUAAAAAAUAAAAAGGAGCUAGAAAAAUACCAAAAAAUAUUCGAGGGCAAGAAAAAGAACAGGGAGAGACGAAGACAUGAGGAUGAAGUAGAAGAUGGUUUUAUAAAGAAAUAUUGGGUGAUUUUAGUUGCUGUGUUCGUAAUGUUUGUUUCAUUAGGGGGAUAUUUAGUACUAAGCGGAAAAAAUUGAUAAUAAGGAAUUUUACUAAUGUUUGUUUUUACACUUAGUAUCAUUGGGUAGGUAUUUUAUAAGUAAUUUCAUCCGUUUUUAGCAUAAUGUAAAUUAUAAAAUAUAAAUAAGUAA